UCAAACGUGCCCUAUCCAUUUCACUUUACUAUGAUCAUCAUAAUUCGUCUAUUCAAGACUCGAUAACAAAACAAAUCAAUGAUUUUUAUUUCGGAAACAAUUUCUCAAAAGAUAAAUUUACGAAUUUGACAACUUUAUUCGGCGAUGGAUGGUUUCUCGACGCAAUGGACUCUUAUUUACGAAUGAGACUUUCACACAGAGAUGCUGCACCCACCUAUGUAUAUUUACUCACUCAUAAAGCAUCUAUCAGUUUUUCUGAAGUAUUUAAUGGUGAUCCGGAGACAUUUUAUGGUGUAUCUCAUGCUGAUGAGCAGCUUCAUUUCUUCCCGAUAAGUAAAAAACUCUUUUCGAACUCAUUGCCAACAAAAGAAGAUGACGAGUUGCGCAAAUCGCUUGUACAAAUGUGGGUAGACUUUGCUCGAACUGGUAAUCCAACUCCUGAAUCAAGUAAUUUACCAAAAUGGAUUGAAGCAAAAGAAUUUCCGCUGAGAUACUACCGCUUUGGUAAUCUUAAUUUUGAUGGCAAACCAAUGUUUGGAAUGGAAGAAAAUGGAAUAUUUGAAGAGCGUACUAAAUUUUGGAGAGAAAUCGAAGCAUUUCAACCCAGUGCCAAUUGAACAUAAAAUAGAAUGCAAUAAAAAUUAGAGCAGAACUAUAUGUAAAUGUAUAGAUAUUUUGUUUGGAUAUUCGAAUCAAAUAAAUGCUUUCAUUAAA